GUAAGCAGCAGGACAAGCCAGCCUGAGCCCAGGAGAGUGGACUUUGCCCUGGAAGCCUGUCACGUUGGGACAGGGACGCUGCACUCGGCCACACCAUGGCGAGCCCGCUGUACCUGGUCCUGCUCAGCGCCUCCCUGGCUGGCCUCCUGUGGCCUGGGGACAGCGUGUUUAUUGACCGGGAACGUGCCAACAAUGUCCUGGUGAGGGUCAGGAGGGCAAAUUCCUUUUUAGAAGAGAUGAAGAAAGGGAACCUUGAAAGAGAGUGUAUGGAAGAGACAUGCUCGUACGAAGAGGCCCGAGAGGUCUUUGAGGACAACGAGAAGACGAAUGAAUUCUGGAAUAAAUACAAAGACGGCGACCAGUGUGAGAGGAGCCCCUGCCAGAACCAGGGCCUGUGCACGGACGGGCUGGGGGAGUACACCUGCACCUGCCUGGAGGGCUUCGAAGGCAAAAACUGUGAACUGUUCACACGGAAGCUCUGCAGCCUGGACAACGGGGACUGUGACCAGUUCUGCCGCGAGGAGCAGAACUCGGUGGUGUGCUCCUGUGCCGGCGGGUAUACCCUGGGUGAUGACGGCAAGUCCUGCAUCUCCACAGAGCCGUUCCCCUGUGGGAAGCUUACACUGGGGCGCAGGAAGAGGUCAGCACCCCAGGACACGCCCGAAACCACCGUGACAGAGUGGUCCGUGCUGGAUGACCUGUACCCCACUGAGAACCCCUUGGACCUGCUUGACCUCAACAAGACGUACUCCGAGGAGGACGGCAGCGACCUUGUCCGCAUCGUGGGCGGCCGGGACUGCAAGGAAGGGGAGUGUCCCUGGCAGCGUGGUCAUUUCUUUCACCCAAACAUGCGGAUCCUGAGAAGCAGACGGUACCUGAGAAAAGCACAUCCGUUUAUUGUCAGAGGUGAAAGUCACGGACAUUGCCAGACGCAACAAAGACACACACAGGACUCUCAGUUAAACUUGCAUUUCACAGAACCGAGUAAUUUUCAUGGAAAAGGUCCCAAGUAUCACAUGAGACACACUUAUAUGAAAAAUUACAUGCGGUGUAUCCCAUUCACGUUUAAGGGGGUGUCCUGUGUCUUAUCGGGCAGUCCUCACGUGGGCUGGAAGUUGUUUCUGAAGCCACUGUGGCCUCCUGCACACAAGGCUCCCAGAGCCACCAACACCCGGCAGGAGCUACCUCAGCAGCCCCUGCCUGCGACCUCCCGCACAGCUGUGCCUUGUCUAAAGCACGGAGCCCGAGGGCAGCAAGCAGCGGCCCACACUGACCCGUGCUUCACUGAGCACGUUUGCUGAGAACCUGCUUUGCCGGGCUCUGAGCCGCGUGUGGUGUGCACAGGACAUGCAGCCACACAGCUGCUUAUCUGACACGUAGAAUCUGAGGCUAGGAAGGAGCUAGGACUCCCAUCAUGACGACCUGCGGUGCUGUGUGUUUGGGGUCAGGAACAUGGAGCCAGCGGGUCACCCGCAGGCUCCCGGACAAGCUGCCGAGGGGCUGAGGCGUCGGGGGACCUGGUUUAGCCGGGGAGGGUCCCCUGUCACGUCUGCCAGGGGUUGCGCUUCCUGUUUUACCUGCUUCAACUCUUGGCAAGUGGCCUCAUCCCUGUCCCAGACAUCCACGUCUUAGGAAGAUUGACCUUCCCUGGUGUGUCACUCUGGUGGGAUGAUGCGUUGGUAAAUUAUACAAAUAAU